AGACAGUGAGUGAAGAGGUUCACUACACACUCCUCCUGUCUACGAUACACAGCCUUCCUUUCUGUCUGCAACGAUAUUCAAGCGACUGACUGCGUUGCAACUGCAGAUCCACCAACACAUGAUGAGGACCUCGUACGUUCUGCUGACGGUGGUGUCAUUGGCGGCGCUCGCUGCCUCCACGCCCGUGGAGAAACAGGAGGUGCCCGCUGAGGCGAGGGCAGUGCCCGAUGCCCCCCACAUCAACCCAUCGCCCCCCGACCCGUUACAGAAGAGGGACGGCGCCCAUCAUGGAGGAGGCAGCCACGCGAGCUCGUUCUCGUCCGUCGGAACAUCCUCGUAUGCUACGGCACCUAACAGCUUCGUCGGUGGUCAUGGUGGUCAUGGUGGUGGACAUGGUGGACAUGGUGGACACGGUGGAGGCUUUGGAGCUUCUGGUAGCCACGGCGGCGGACAUAGCAAAGGAUUCGGAGCCUCAGGAGGUCAUGGCGGCGGAGGCUUUGGAGGACAAAGCAAAGGAUUCCCGUCUUCAGGUCACGGAGCUGGUGGUGGAGGUUACGGUGGUGGCCUCGGCGGCGGUCAUGGCGGUGGUCACGCCAUCAGCAACCACAUCGGCGGCAGCAGCUACGGCGCGCCGCCCGUGCAGCAAGGCUACGGCGCCCCUGAGAAGCAGACGGGAUAUUACUACUACUACUACCCCGUACAGGCCGAGGACGACAAGAAGAAGGAGAAGGGAUUCAUGGAUAAGAUGAAGAAGCUGUUCGAGCCCAUGAUGUACCCCUGGAACGCCAUGAUGGAUUACUUCGGCUACGGAGAGGACUACGAAUACAACGACUAUGACGACAGCUACGGCCUCUACGCCCGGUCCCUCGUCUCCAGAGCGUCCCAGUAUGUUCCCUGGGACGCUGUCAACGAGGUCUCUAACGUGGUCACGCAGGACGAGUGCAUCGAGUACUUCGCUUGUCAACUCGGCUCGUACGGGCGCGAGUAUGACAAUAUGCACUUCCUCUUGGAAUACAUUCUGCCGGAGGAGAACAUUGCGGACAACAGCUACUACCGCACCUUCAAACACUCGGUGCUGCAGAAGACGGACUGCGGUCUCUACAACUGCCCCCUCUUCCGCAGACGGCAGGGCUCGACUAACUGAGACUUCAGCUGCAACGCUUCUGUAGCUUUAACAACCCAAGCUUCGCGAACAAUCAAACACAUACUUGUCUCCAUUGAUCACCGGGAAAGAUUAUAAAAUUUAAAAACUGUCCACUCUUUGAGCGAAAAAAAUUAUAGGGAAAUAUUUGAAAAAAGAUGCACUGGUCAUCGUGAGUUCGGCAUAUGAAAGGCAAAAUUCCUGUACUGGACAAUUUCCAACGAAGCAGAGUUUGGUAUCCACAAAGCGAUAAUUUCACUUUCAUUGAAUUUUGAAGCAUUGAAGUUCAACAUACGUUAAUGCUGCAAGGCUAAAUUAUGUUAUUGACUAGAGAAUAUGAUUCCCAUUCAUUUCAUUUUUCAUCAUCUCGAAGUCUAUUAAGGAGAAAAAAAUUCCCACUCGUUUGAAAAUCGACUCCUCUUCAUUGCCUCUCAGAGCUCGGUGAAGAUAAGGAGUUUGAAUCUAAAUACCGAAUUUUUGUAAGUUAGGGAAGUCUUGGAUUGAAAUACUUUAUGCCUAAGUCCUGAUCAUUACGAUUGUUACCUUAGUUAUGAGAAGAAAUUGUUACCUAUUUUUAAAUUUUAUUGUUGUCGUUGAUAUAUGUGUAGAUGGAAUGCUCAUCGCUUUAGAUUUGGCAUGGACACGACAUUUUUAUAACGUACAUGGUGAUUUUAUGAAGUUAUGUCUGAUCGUUGUAUUUCAAUAUUAAGCGACCCGAUAGAUAAUUCGUCGCAUGUCCGUGACUAAACGUUUUUAUUACAUUAUUACGAUUUUGAAGAGAUUCCAAAUGUUUAGCGUAUAGUUACAUAAUUCUUCAUCAUGUUCCCAAUGGAAAUGCUCUUAAAACUCCCCAGCGUAAAUCUUACGAGACAUUGCUGAGCAACUGUGACGUUCCAUCAUCCAUUGUAUAUAUAUAAGAUAGAAUAAAAUAUCUCUUUUUGCAAUAGGCAUUAUAGACAUGGCCCCCCUUGCCAACAAGGAGGCAGGACUUGAAAGGACAGUACUUGGUUGUUAUCAUUGAGCUUGAUGUUUGUCAUGUAAAGGCACGCUCACAUUUAGGAGUCAUAGUUAGGAAUUGAUUUAAAUUUACUUUAUAUCAAUAAUGGUCGACGACAUCUUCCAUCAAUGAUACUUAUAGUUUCAAAUUACAGCCACAACGAUUAUAAAAUUAUUACUUCGUUCUGAAUUGCUACUUUUGAAAAGUUUCACUUGUUUUAUCCCAAAGAAAAGGCUCAAUAUUUGACGCACAUUUGACAUAUUUGAUCCUCGGCCGCUCAAUGUUCCCGUGAUGUACGCAUUCUUCCGUUUGCCGUUGGUUGUGGCUCGUCCACGUGCGUUAGCCUAAUAUUAUGUACACGUGCGUUAAACUAAUAAUAUUUAUGCGUUCGUUAAUCUAAUAUUGUGGACGCGUGCGUGAAUCUAACAUUAUGUACGUGUGCGUUAAUCAAAUAUUAUACUUCCAACUUGAAGAAAAACUUGAGUCUCUCACAGAGCUUCCGAAUCAUUUAAAGUGAGAGUUGCCGUGUGGAUGCUCAUGAGCAGCAUUCUAAUGUUCUUCGCGUGUUCUUAUUUAUUAUUUUAUACUCUAUUUAUUCCAGCCCAGUUUCUGUAACGGAUAUUCCGGAUUUAAAUAAAGCACUUAAUGUGA